UCAAUUGCAAGCUGAUCACACUCCCAUCAUUGUCUCUGCGCUCAACUUCUCCCAGCCGCCGCUCAGGUUUGAUUACUUUCGCCUGCUUAUCGACUUGUUUUUAUGAAAUGAACGGACGUAAGAGCAGCUAACUUAGCUGCUCACUGCACGGCUCAGUCACUACAAGGAGAGGAGAAACUCCUGUCCAGCACCGCAGCAUCAUGGAAGCCUGUUCACGGAUCAGAGGGGUCCCGUUAAAGAGCCGUGCCACCAUGAAGAAAGAGACCAUCCGUGAAGGCUCAAACCCGGGCCUGAAGAGCCUGUUGAAACACAAGAAGGAGCUCUGCAACGUUGUAGUUGAGCUGCAUAAUAAAGAACCACAGUCUCUAUCAGAAGUACAUUAUAUAUGCUUACCUAGUCAUUCUGAGGGGGAAGAUUUUACUCUACAGGCUCUGACUUCCCUCUCCACUGAAAUGAUGGAGUUGCUUAGAUCACUACAUGUAUACGCCCUUAAAGAUGAAGAGAUUCUCCUCCUCAAAGACCCCAAAAGGCCCUUUGAGAGAAAAGACAGUGUUUCUCAGGUCUGUUCAAGAGCUUUGUGCAUAUUGAGACAUAGCCCCACUCCUCAGAUUAGUGUUUGCAGCAUACUGGGGUUGUUGGCUCGGUAUGCAGCUGGGAUAAGGUAUGCACUGGAGUUGCAGGUUCUGCAGAGGGGCGCUUCAGAAGCUUGCCAAGCUGAGGAUGAUGACACCAAUCAGUCUGUCUCUUCUAUCGAAGAGGACUUUGUUACAGCUUUUGAGCAUCUUGAAGAGGAGAAUACAGGUGGCCAUAGUCAGAGGAGCCAAAGGGAUGUGGCAUCCCAGACUGUCCCCUCUCAUUUAAGAGAAUUAUCUGGAUCUCGCAUUAUUAUAAGUUCCAUACCGAGGAAGUCAGUGCGCAAGGAAAAGGCUGCUGCAAAAGUGUCAGAAACUGUCCUGAAGUCAACAACAUGGCCUGCAAGUUCAGGGAGCUCGUAUGCACUUAGCAGUCUUCCAAAGGGACACACUACUUCCACAUACCUCACAGAGUCAGAUGAGUCAGACUGCUCAAGUCCCAGCCCUAUUAUAUUCCUGGAUGAAGUUGGAUAUCAGAAGAGUCUUAAAGCAAAACUUGACAUUCCCAAGAUCCCCAUUUUAAAGGAUGGAGUAGAAGAUUCUGACUCAGAAGUCAGUGAAUUUUUUGACAGCUUUGAUCAGUUUGAUGAACUAGACCAGUCUUUUGAUUCCAAUAUCAAGGUCCUUAAAGAACAGCCCCUCCCUGGCCGAACAAAGAAGCUUGUUGACAACUCUGGUUGUAAAUUUAUAUCAAGGGGGUGUUCGACCACAGCAAUGAACCCUCAUAAGUUUGAUCAUAGGACUCUUCCAGCCAAUGUCAAGAAACCAACUCCACUUAAACCAGGAUCACUGUACGGUAUUCAUUCUGAUUCGCCAGAUUCCCAAUGGCCUGUGAGGACUCCCUGCGAGGAAAGUGGGCCGCUUUUCAGUCCAGUUUGUUCAUCUGCAUUUAGCCCACUGGGAGAAGGAGGCUCCUUAGAGUAUUUUUGGAAGACAGAUGGAGAUGGCUCAGAAUUGCAUAAACCACAGGACCUUUGCUCGCUGUACAAAACGUACUCUGAUUUUGCCAACAACCUGUCAAAAGAAAUACUUGGAUCGGUCUGUGGGUACUCCUCCCCUGUUGAUUUUAACAUUAAUAAGAACUUGAGCUGUGUGUGUCAUAAGGAGUUCAAAAACACUAAUGGGCAUCUAAUGAAGCUUUCAGACAUCCAGGAGACAGUCACCAUUACCAAAUCUCAAUCACAGUCUCUUAAGGAUGGGAUUCAGAAGUUUGCUACAGACUUGGUUGAAAUGAGCCUUGGAAGUGCCUUAAGAGACUUGCAGAAAGGUGUGUCCUCCUGUACCACUACACUUUGCCAUUUGGCUGCAAGACUGACUUCUUCAGUAUUUCAAAUGGCCUUUCAUGAGAUAGGUAUGCGCCAUGCAUAUGUGUUAAAAGAGCGUGCCAUAAACGGUCUAGCCAGUUUCCUAGUAGGAGAAGCCAUUUCUGGAGCCCUCAAAGAGUUCCUUUUUGUGAAAAAGCAGAUUUUCAACAACACCGUCACACGAUUUGCUGCAGAUCUGGCUGAGGAGUUAGUGUUUGAAGGUAUAAUGGAGGUUUGCCAGUUUUCACAUCCCUCAACUCCACUCACACCAAGUGACUGGUCGUUUGAGCAAGAGGAAGAAGUGGUUUCAUCCUAUGCCUCUGACCUGUCGGAGUCUGUUCUCCAAGAGGCUUUUAUAGAGCUAUCACAAGCUGAUGUGACUUUCACUACACAGGCAGCUAUCAGUGUGUCAGUAGACAACAUUUGCUAUGUGAGUGCUGAAGAUAGCUCUCUGAUCACAAAAACCUGCAGUGCGCAUUCAAGCUAUAUUGGAUCUCAGGCUGUCGCAGAGGCUGCAAAUCAAGAGCAGGAUGGUUGCACAGUGAAGAAAGCCUUGUAUUGUGUGUCUGGUAUGGCCAGUUGUGUUCCAGUUCCAAUGGCUGGCAAGGUCAUAUCCCAUGUGCAUCACCCAUGUGAAACUUCUCAGUAUAAAUCCAGUAUUGGUCACGUAUGUCAGACCAGUCCUAAAAGAACCAUUUGUUGCCAAGUGGAAGUGGGUUCCUCAACCUCAGAUUCCUCUGAAGCAACUCAGACUGAGUCAUCACCAGGUCCUGCAAGAAUCCAGGAUGCCAGUGGUGAGGAAGCUCUUGGCAAUCCAUCCGUUGAAAAGGAUUCCACCAAACCUUCGAUUGGAAAGACUUUUCAAAACUUCUCUGGGAAUAUGGUGGACACUAUAGUAGGGGAGGCAUUUGAUCUGAUGCAUUCUUCGACAAAAGUGAAGAAGAAAGUGGAGGAUUGUGCAGACUUUUUAAGCAAAACUAUAGCAGCUCGCAUAUCCACUCCAAGCCAUGGGAUUGUUAAAUCAAACGAUGCAUCGACUCCCUCUCAGGUUCCCUUUCACUUGGUGUCAAAGGGCUCUUGUGACCCAUCCUCCGGAAGUAUAUGUCCAGUCUCCAAGCUCACCCCAGAGGUCCGUUCUGUCGUGAAAAUGGACACAUUGGAAGUGCCCACUUUUGAAGUUGCCUCAUGUGGAGGUAGAAAAGUCAGUGCAGGUGAUUUUUCAAGCAGUAACUCUGGAAAAAAAUCGACUGAAAUCCCUAGCACUCCACCCUCAAGUCCUCAGCAGCCAUCGGACGAGUACAGUGAGAAACAGGUCAGACAGUUCUCCAAGAAGCUCAAAGGUACGCUCGCAAAAGAAUUUUUUCCUGCGACUCCUCCACCCACCCCUUAUUACCCCCCUGCCGCCGACACCAAAGAAGAAGGUUUGGUUUCAGACAAGGCUGAUUUCAUAGUGAAACUCAUUAGGUCUCUCUCUGAAGAAGCUGGCAGCAAUGAAGAUGAGGAGGAAGACCAGGAAGAUGGUCCUCACUCUGGAAACUGCCAGGCAGAGCUGAGCCCUAACAUCAGGAACAGAAUGAUCGAGAGGAGAGCACUCCAUUAUGCAGAGCGUUUGGCAUGCCACAUUGUUUCAAUGGCCACUGAGAUGGACACGCUAAGCUUUGGAGAUGUGAAGAAGCUGGUGGAUGAUGAAAGCAAAGGCAGUGUCGCCUUGCAUAGUGCACAGUUCUCUGAGCAGACUUUAAAUUCCUUGUGGACAUAUGCUGGAGAAGUGGCUGGAGAAGUCAUCAGUGAUGUCAAGAAGAUGAUGAGUUCAAACCACUGUCUUCAUAAAAUGCUAAAAAGAGGAUCUGUAAACUCUGCAGACAAACAUCAGAGUGGAGAGAGCCUUUUGGGAAGUUUGACUUGUCAGUGGCCUGGUGAUGUCCAAGUGAGUGGCAGUUCAAGUGGGAUGUCAUCAGAGUAUCCAAGUUGCGAGAGUGUCACUGACGAAUAUGCGGGAUACCUUAUUAAGGUGCUCAAGAAAGAGGGAGGCAACCGAGAGCUUAUAUUAGAUCAGUACGCCACUCGCUUGGCAUAUCGAUCUAUUAAAUCUGGCCUGGCUCAUGCGGCACGAAAAAUAAAGCAAAGAUCUCCUUUGAGACUUCAUUCCUCUAGGCGUUUGCACAGUGAUCGUAGUCCUGAUGUUUCCCAGUUUACCACAUCCAAGUCAUCCCAUGCUUCACUCAUUGAUGGAAAAGAUGGAUCGUCUUGUGAAUCCCUGCCAUGUGCUUGUCAAGACGGUCAAGACAUGAGCAGUAAUGAAUAUGUAGAACUUGUGAACUUUGCAGAGUCGCUGGCCUACAACAUCACAUGUGAUGUUACUAGAAAGCUGAGAAUGAGCUCUGUUAGACUGCCAAAAUCACUCACUGAUUCUUGCCUCUAUAGAAAAUCUACUGUUGAGGAUAUGCCAGAAAAUCUCAUUAAAAAUACAUUUUCAUGCUCUCUUCUACCUUAUACAGAAUCUAACAGGCUCUACCAUAGUACCAGCAGUUUGAAUGACGGCAAAAGCGACAAUGGUGUAAUACAAGUCAUUGAACAUUAUGCCAGGAAAAUUGUCAAUGACACAUUGGAAAUGACGCUGGGACCGACAUGUGUUCAGGCAGCGGGAGACAGGAGGGCACUUGAUCGCAAUUCCUUCACAGAAAAGCUGGCUGAGGCAUAUGAAGCUUGUCGAUACUGCCAAGGUCGAGACUGCAUGUUUUGCAGUAGAGAUGGCCGUCAUGGUUUCCAGGGAGUGAAAAUAAGAAGGCAACAAGAAUCAGAUGCAGUGACUGGGCUGGAAAUUCCUAGAAUACACAUUGAUUUGGAAAAGAGAGCUGCUUUUGCUGAAGAAAUGGUGUCCAGUGCCAUUGAGAAAGCCAAAAAGGAACUGAGCUGCACCAGUCUGAAUGCAGACAGUGGGAUCGGUCAUGAUGGCGCAAGCUUUGCAGAAAGUCUCACCACAGAGAUUAUGACAUCUGCAUUGUCCAACGUCUGCCAAACCGUCAAUCUUGGUACCUCCAGAAGAGAAGGCGUCAAUGUGACGGAGUCAACGGUGAGUCAGCAGCUCAGUUUGAGCGUUGGUGAUGACAGUCUUGGUAGUUGGUCCAAUCUGAGUUUUGAAGAAGACCACCCAGAUGAGAGCAGCAGCUUUCACCAUCUUAGUGACAGUAAUGGAAACAGCAGUAGCUGGAGCAGUCUGGGUUUAGAAGGCGAGGUUUAUGAAGAGCAUUUGUCCUUCUCUCCAUCAGACAGUGACGGCACUGAAGAGAAGGAAGCUGAGGCCAAAGAGGAUUCAGGCGGAGCAGUGCGAGUGGAGAGGGAACAUGGGCCGACAGAAAGAGCUCUUCUUGUGGUCAGUACAGACAUCCAGGGUCGAGCUGAGGACCCCCAGUUGACGGCUGUGCUCCAGUGGAUUGCUGCCUCUAUCGCUGAUCUGUCUUUAAUGCAGCUGAGCCAGUUCUCAGCCCAGGAGCUACAGCAGCUGCCGGCCGUGGCGCAGAGGCUGAGGGAGAGAGAGUUCAGGGUCGGUGACCUCCUGCAGGCUCUUCUGAGAUACUUUGAAGAACGUCGCUCUGAGGAAGAGGUCGGGGACACAAGGAACAGCCACAAGAGCCUCUUCCAGUGGCUUCUGGAGCAAGCGUAAAUCACCAUCACACUGACUCCUGUCAGCAGUUAAACAAUGAAGUUUCCUGUCACUUUACAGUGAUCUGCAAUGUAUCUGCCAAAUCUAGAGGCAUAGCCAGUGGAAUGUGUUUAUGUGUUGUGUAUUGCUUGUGCACCUUUGGCCACCCAGGGGGCACCAUAGAAACAACUGAAGUAAUCUAAGAGCCAUUCGUUCAAGUGUGUGUAUUGCAUGCCGUGACCGAGAGUAUCUUUUACUUGCUUUCACCUCUCUUUUUAUCAUUACAUUGUUUUCUUUAAAAUUAGACUGCAUAUCACGCUUUUGGCACGCCAUCACUGAUGCCUACCCGCAUUUUGCUUUCACACCCUGCCAAAAAACAAAAGACGGAUGGGUUUUAUGAGUUGGUUUCUUGUUAGGGAAUCCCCAUGGCUGCAGGAAAGCUUAUGUCAUCUCCAUACCUUUCCUUUACAGUGAUGUUUGCACUUGUCGAAAAGACAAGCAAUGCGAUCCAGUAGUGCUCCAGGUCACGAUUCAGAACACAUAAGAUAAUCACUUGGUAAUUAUAACAAACAACCCUGUUUCAGCACAUUUUUGCCAAAAAUACUUUGAUACCAGGCGUGACGGUUUAAAAAUAUAAUUUCACUGGUAAUUAGACAGAGAUAGUUACUGUUGAAAGAAUUCAUCAACAAGUAGUAAAUUUUUCAUUCACCUCUUGUGAAUCAUACAGUUAUUUCAGUGUGAUUAGCUAUUCAUAAUAGUGGAAAAUCAAUCAACUAUUUUAGAGUGUAAAAUUUAAUUGAGUUGUUUACAACAUAGGCUGCAAUAAUACUCCAUAUGAUCUAACACCCUUAAAGAAUAAACAAGUUUUAGUUCACUACAAAGUGAAGGGUCUUUGGUUGCCCGAUUUACAGGAAAAACAAAAACAUACUAUUUAACUUAGCUUAAAAAGCUGCUAAACAUGCAAACCCCUAUGCCAAGUAAGGAAACCAGCAGUCAGAUAUUGAACCUUACCUACAGGGGAGUUUUUUUCUCAUUUCCUCCUGGUGUUGUCCACUCAUUGGAAGUUACUGUGACGCACUGGUAGUGCAUUGCUAAAUGAGGACACAUCUGCAGUGGGUAUAUCUGAACUAGUCACCAUCUCUACAAUCUCUUCCAUGUAAACCUCUUACUCACUGCCUGACCUUUGGUGUGCACAACACUGAAUAUUGCACUUUACUGAGGAAUUGUCAGACAGGCCAUUCCCUAUAUCUCUGUUUAGAUUUCAAAAAAACACUCUUGUUAUAGCCAAGCAUAAACUAUAGAUUGAUUAACUUAUCAAGCCCUAAGGGACCAGUUGAAAGUGUUUUCUCACUGCAUUUUUGUGCUUAAAGGAAAAUCAUUUGUUUGCUUGCUCUCAUGGUGGUGUGAAUCUGUAUGUAUGCUUUUUAUAUUGGAACACUCCUGACAGGCUCAAAAAAACCCAAAAAAUUUAUCCAUACAACUUAUGUGCAGUAUUCGUAAAUGUAAAAGUUUUCUUGCAGUAGUUUUUGUAUUGAAAUUGAAAUGACCUAGCCAUCCAACAUUUACAAUUUUUUUCAUAAUGUUUGGUUAUUACACACAUAUCGUUGAAUUAAAUCUGCUUUGGCUAAGUGGAUGAUAAAGAAAAACUAAAUGUAUUAUGUGGCUUCAGAUAUCUUCUAUAUGGAAGCCUGUUUCCACCACUGAAUAACAAAUAAAAAAGGUAAUUGUGAGGGGUUUUUUUAAUCAGAAUUCUGACUUUUUUUUUAAUCAAGAUUUUAAGUUUACAUCUCACAAAAAAAGGUCAGAAUUGCGAGAUGCAAACUUGCAAAUUCAAGAAGAAAAAGUGGUAAUUACCUUUUUGUAUUUUUUAUUCAGUGGUUGAAAUGGGCUACCAUGUAACUUUUUUUGUUUUUUUUGUAUGAACUUAUGUUAUAUAGUGUAGCGAUUACAUUAAGAUUCAUCAAGAAGAAUUACUGAGGAAAAAUUGGAUAUAUGUUUGGAACAGCAAUGAGAGUGAGUAAAUAAUGACAGACGUUUAGGUCGUCUGUUCCUUUAAGUGUCAUAUUUAUGAAGCUUCUGAGAUUUGUUUUACUCGGAUACUGUUAUAGUGUGAUUCAAUGAUAAGAGAAGUUUACUGAGGCAAUGAUAGUUGUGAAGUUUGUUGUAUCUUGUGCUUUCUUUCCUGUAACAUGCAUGACGCACUUUCAGCCCAUGCUUCAUGUACUUCUCUUUACGCGUGCAUGGAUGUACUUUUCACUGCUGAUUCAUGAUCUUGUGCAUGGUUUAAAUCCGCUUAUGCUUAAAUAUGCUCACAUGACCUGCUACAAAAAAAAAAAAAAAAAGCAUUUCUGUAUUCAUGCUGUUGUGUAACAUCAGCGCUGCCAAAUAUGUUUGGAUCUGCACUCAAACAGUAUUUGUUUACAUUCUUUUGAAGUGUUUUAAAACCUGCCAUACACUGUGUCAGACAUUUUCACAUGAGAGCAGUAUCACCUUAAUCAUAAUGUGGGAGAGCGACGAAAGCUAAAUCCACAUACUAACAUUGACGCUUGAGUAGAUUUGAGAAGGAGUUGGCACAAGCACACCGUGACCAUCAGCGCUGCCUCAUUUUCAGUGGGAUUGUAUAUGCAUCUGUGCUCUUGCAGUUAUUGUAAACUUUAAUGCUGUAGAUGUUCUGCCCUUGUGUUCUUAUUCCCCUAAUUUGUGUGUACAUUCCUAUCUUUCACAAAUAAUUUGUUGCUAUUUUGUGUUAAAAGUAAGGCUAGAUGUAUAAUGCAGAAUACACUCCAUACUAAACAGAUGAAUAUUUUGUUACUUGUGCAGUGUUCCUCCAUCCUGUCUCAUAGUAUAAUUUGUAUAAUAUUGCCAAAUAAGAUAUUUAAUAAUUUAUGUAAGUAUUAAGUUGCAAUGGUGAAAACACUACUUGCCCCCCCCCCCCCACGCACCAUCCCCCCAAGUGAAGUUGCUGAUUAGUUUACACAUUUAAGCUUAAUGCACUACACCUGUACACUGUAAAAAGCUGUGGGUAAUAAAGCUUUUUCAUUUGAA